AUGAAUAGCACAGUCACCGGAUCAUCCUCUCUUGAUUCAGUUGAGUAUGACCCCGUGGCUCACCUGAACCUCCUGUUUUCCCACCCGUCGACCGUAUCGUCCGUUGGCCGAGUGUCUUCGACUAUCCGCAAACACCAGAAUGAGCUCUCCCGGUCCAUUGCCGCCCUCGAGUCUGCCCAGGCCUGCGGGCCCGACUCCUCGCUGCAGCGCAUGCAGUCCGCUCAGGCCGAGCUAUCCUCGCUCUUCCAGCGCAUCGAGAACGUUCGGACACGUGCCCUCCAGACAGAGCGCGAUAUCACUAACAUGACGGCCGAUAUCAAACGUUUGGAUAACACCAAGCGCAACCUGACACUCAGCAUGACCGCCUUGAAGCGGCUCCAGAUGUUGACGACAGCCUACGAGCAGCUCCAUGGUCUUGCGCGGACUCGACAGUACCGAGAAUGCGCCGGAUUGCUCCAGGCUGUCCUGCAGCUGAUGCGCCAUUUCAACAGCUACCGAAGCAUCGAGCAGAUCGCCGUCCUAAGCCGAAACGUCAACGAGCUCCAGCGGGAGCUUCUGGAACAAAUAUGCGAGGAUUUCGAGAUUGCCUUUGCUAAGGGAGAGGUGGCUGCUCGGCGCGGUGUCCUGAUUGAGGCUUGCCAUGUCAUGGACGCGCUCGGAGAACACGCAAAGACCAGGCUGAUAACGUGGUAUAUCAACACGGAGCUGCGCGAGUACCGCCAAGUGUUCCGAGGGAACGAUGAAGCAGGUAGCUUAGACAAUAUUGGGCGUCGCUAUGCGUGGUUCAGGCGUAUGCUUAAGACUUACGAGGAAGAGCAUGCCAGCAUCUUUCCGCCCCAAUGGCGUGUCAGUGAAGAGCUCGCCAAGGCCUUCUGUGAUGGCACCCGCGAGGACUUCAAGGGGAUCUUGGAAAAAAGCAUGCGCAGGAUAGACGGGCCCAAACUCGAUGUCAACUUGUUGCUGAGGUGUCUCCAGGAGACCAUGGACUUUGAGCAAAGCUUAGAACGCAAGUUCGCGAGCGAGCCUCGGGCCAGUAUCGACACUCUAAGCUCAGCAGACGAUAGGAUACAGAACUUUAACGGGUCAAUAUCCGUCGCUUUCGAGCCUUAUCUCAGCCUAUGGGUCGAGUCACAAGACAAGGCCCUGGCAUCUAUGAUUCCCAAGUACAAGACACAACCGCUCAUUCAAGCAGACGAAGAGUUUACAUCACAGGCUGUUAUCCCAUCAGCCAUUGAGCUCUUCCACUUUUACAAACUCACCCUCUCACAAUGUUCUAAACUUUCCACAGGCGAGCGUCUGCUCGACUUGACUAAAGUCUUUGCCAAAUACCUAGAUGAAUAUGCCCAACAAGUCCUGGUCUCAUUCCUCCAACGUGGUGGCGCCCAAGGUCCUCCAAUACAGGAUAUCAUCCUCGUCCUGAACACUGCAGACUUCUGGUACAUCAAUACCAACCAGCUUGAGGAAAGCAUCAAGAAGCGCAUCGACCCAGAAAUGGCAUCCAAGGUCGACCUAUCGUCUCAAUCUGACGCCUUCAUGGGCGUCGCCAGCGCCGCAGUCAUGGCGUUAGUAACCAAAGUCGAAAUCGACUGUGCCAGCGCAUGGCGCGAGAUGCGCAACACCAACUGGAGCCGCAUGGAAAGCGUUAGCGACCACAGCUCCUACGUCGGCGAACUCAUCAAGCACGUCAACGACCGCGCGCAAGAAAUCCUCCCCCUCGUCACCAAACAACAAUACGCCCGCGCCUUCUGCGACAACGUUGUCGAGUACCUUUCGACAGCCUACAUCAACAACGUCGUACAAUGCCGCCCCAUCUGCGAGGUCGGCGCCGAGCAAAUGCUCCUCGACAAAUACAUCCUGACCAAAUCCCUCGAAAACCUCCUUUCCUACCACACUCCCCAUCCACAACAACCUCCACCCCCGCCCCCUCCCGCCUACCUCAAACGUCUCACCCAAUCCAUGACCCGCAUCGACCCUCUCCUCAAAACCCUCCAAGUUCGUCCCGUGCCCCCCGAAGGCCUCGUCCAAGCAUACCUGAUCCACAUCGGCGACCGGUCAGACACAAACUUCCGGAAGAUUCUAGACCUGAAGGGCGUGCGCAAGCAAGACCAUGCGCACUUGCUCGAGCUCUUCGCCAUACACCGGGAUGCUCCAGGGGCAGUGGCAGAGGGCGAGGGUAGACAGCUGGUGCAGAGCUCGCCUUUGUUGACACCGCUUAUGACGUCGGGAGGGGGUUUGGGCUCGUCCGCGUCGAUGAUCAGUGGGGCCACUGGGUCCGGAUCGUCGGCCGUGGCGGCGGCAGGAUUGCAGGGCAGGUUUGAUGCCGCGACGCUGGGGGAGAGGUUGUUGACUGCUGCGAGGGAUGGGGUGGAGAGGAUAGGGACGGGGCAGAGCGGGGUUGGGGGUAGUGGGGGAGUGGGGGACAAAGGGACGAUUAAUGAGAAUUUGAAGAAUAUUGGCAAGUUUUUCAGGAGGGAUAUUGGCGGGUUAGGGGCUAGAUUCGGGAAGAGGGACACCCUUACUGGAGACUGA